AUGUGGUUCCUUAAGCAGUUGGCACCCAAGGGCCUGAACAACAUGACCACCAUGAUGUGUGGCUCCUGCUCCAACGAGAAUGCCUACAAGGCCAUUUUCAUGUGGUACAGACGCACACAACGCGGCGAAGAUGUCACCUUCACGGAGGAGGAGAAAACUUCCUGCAUGGUCAAUAUGGCACCUGGUGCUCCCAAAUUGAGUUUGUUGUCCUUCAAGGGUGCCUUCCAUGGUCGUACCAUGGGCGCCUUGGCCACCACCCAUUCCAAAUAUAUUCACAAAAUCGAUAUUCCAACAUUCGACUGGCCUGUGGCUAGUUUCCCUCAAUACCGUUAUCCCUUGGAGGAGAAUGUUAUGUACAAUCAGGAUCAGGAUAAACGCUGUCUAGCUGAGGUGCAAGAUUUGAUUGAACAAUACAAUAAGAAGGGUAUUCCCGUGGCUGGUGUUGUCAUUGAACCCAUCCAGAGUGAGGGUGGUGACAACGAAGCCUCCCCCGAAUUCUUCCAGCAAUUGCAGCGCAUCUGCAAGGCCAACGGCAUGGCUUUGUUGAUCGACGAGGUGCAAACUGGUGGUGGUGGUACCGGUAAAAUGUGGUGCCACGAACACUUCAACCUGCCCUCUCCUCCCGAUGUAGUUACCUUCAGUAAGAAAAUGCAGUUGGGUGGCUACUUCCACAGCAAUGAAUUCGCCCCCAAAGAAACCUACCGUAUCUUCAACACCUGGAUGGGUGAUCCAGGCAAAAUCCUCAUGCUCGAAGAAAUCGUCAAGGUCAUCAAAGAAGAAAAUCUGCUGGAUCAGGUGCAACGGUCGGGCAAGGUCCUGAAGGACGGUUUGUUGCAAUUGGAAAAGGAAUUCCCCACAAUUAUGAACUCGACCCGUGGUCGUGGUACCUACUUGGCUUUCAACUGCAAGGAUGGCCAAACUCGUGAUGAUUUGAUCAACAAAUUGAAACUGAACGGUUUGCAGACCGGCGGUUGUGGUGAUUUGUCUGUACGUUUUAGGCCAGCAUUGAUCUUCACCGAGAAGCAUGCCAAUAUCGUGUUGGAUCGUUUCCGCAAGGUCCUUAAGGAAAUGUAAAC